AUGGCCGAUCCCUUUGCUCCGCGCUCCAUGAAGCGCAAAAACGUCAAAGGUCUUGCCCUCAAAGCCGCCGCCCCUCGACCCCCACCAACCGCCGAAACCAACCGACACGACUUCAACUCGGGGAGCCAAGAUGCGGGCAGAGAUGAGCAGUUGGAGAUUGGAAUCGAGUACAAGCUGGAUCUGAGACCCGAAGACCUCGAGAUCGUUAAGGAGCUGGGUUCUGGCAACGGCGGCACCGUUAGCAAAGUCAGGCACCUCACAACAGGAACUGUCAUGGCUCGCAAGGUCAUUCACGUCGAAGCCAAGCGAGAGAUACGGAAGCGAAUCGUUCGAGAACUCCAGAUUAUGCAUGGAUGCCACUCCGACUACAUCGUUACAUUCUACGGUGCAUUUUUGAAUCCCAACAAUGAUGUUAUUAUGUGCAUGGAGUACAUGGACGUUGGCGCCCUUGACCGAGUCUCGAAGGUGUUUGGUCCCGUCCGUGUCGAUGUACUGGGAAAGAUUGCCGAAGCCACUCUCGGCGGCUUGACAUAUCUCUACACGAAGCAUCACAUCAUGCAUCGUGAUAUCAAGCCAUCCAAUAUUCUUGUCAACUCGAGAGGCCAUAUCAAGCUCUGCGAUUUUGGUGUUUCGGGCGAGCUCGUCAACUCCAUCGCCGACACCUUUGUUGGAACCUCUACCUACAUGGCCCCCGAGCGAAUCCAGGGAGAAAAGUACACGGUCAAGUCGGAUGUCUGGAGUUUCGGUCUCAGCAUUAUGGAGCUUGCCAUUGGCAAGUUUCCCUUUGCGGCGAGCGAACAGCUGUCGGAUGGUGACUGCGCCCCUGCUGGUAUCCUGGACCUGCUCCAGCAGAUUGUUCAUGAGCCGGCGCCCAAGCUCCCCAAGAGUGAUGCAUUCCCCAGCAUCCUCGAGGACAUGAUCCAGAAGUGUCUCUACAAGGAGCCUGAACUUCGACCAACUCCCCAGGAACUUUUUGAUCGCGAUCCCUUUGUUCAAGCCGCCAAGAGAACACCAGUCGAUCUUCGAGAGUGGGCUAUUGGACUGAUUGAGCGUGACAACCGGAAAUCCCAUCUUGCCCCUCAACUUUCCCCCGCGACUCAGGAGCUCCUCCGGUCGAGCGAUUCCCCUACUCAGAGCCAGCCGCAACCCGAAGACCGAAGCCAUACUCCCACCUCUGGCGAGAUCCCCAUUGCUGGGGCUGGAAUCAUCUCUCCUCGGGAUCAGUACGGUUCGAGCCACAGCCGAUCGCCACCUCGCAACGGCUAUGGCUCUGCCCGCACGCCGGGUUCGGCGCAUCCUGGACUGCCCCGUGUCGCCACGACAAACUCGAUCCCCAAGGUGUCGGGCUACCCUGAGAGUGCUGGCCCUAUGAGCGCAAAUGCUAUGACAUUCAGCCUGCCGGUCCGACCAGCUCCCCCUGGUGGCCCUCUUCCUCCUCCCCCACCUCGUAAGGAGACUCCCGACGAGCUCCGAAGGGAGAACCGAAGAUUUGGACUGCCGCCAAACCCGGGCUAUGGCGUAUAG